AUGAGCUCAUUCCCGAAGAUUCAACGCGUGUUAGUCAUCUUGCUACUACUCCUCAUGUUGGCGUUCUACCUUUGGCCCAAUUCCAAGGUAAACGGCGGCACGAGCAUCGCGAUACUGAGCAUGACCACCGGGGRGACCAGCUAUGACUGGAUGUCCAUAUCCAACAAGCACGAGUAUGCUGCAAAGCACUCAUACGACCUCAUCUGGAGUUUCACGGCGUCGACAGUAGCUGCAAACCAUGCCAAACCAUGGGCCAAGCUCGACAUGAUCCGGGAUGCCGUACAAGUAACAAGUUCCGGCCAGAAGAGCUACGAGUGGCUAUGGAUGCUGGACUACGAUACUUUGAUCACAAACCCAGAGAACCGCAUUGAAGACAUCAUCGAACAGAGUCUCCAACUCGCGAAGACUGAAGGUAAAGACCGAGACUCAAUCCAGCUCAUUCUCACUCGAGACUGCGAACCCCUCAAUGCGGGCAGCUUCUUCGUCAGAGUCUCCCCUGGGAUGCUGGAGUUCAUUGAAGAGUGGCGGAGCGGACAGCAGCCCAAUACCCCAGAACGAACGGAGCAGGACGUGCUGAGGGACAUGCUUCUUGACAAUGUUCUUGGCAUGGAGGAUCGGAGUGUUUUUGUGCCGCAGACCAUGUUCAAUGCGUACCCAGAGGRGCUGGAUCACUGUCGUGACCCGAGAGAUUCAAAGUCGUGGGAGGGGGGUAUGUUUGUGAUACAUUUCCCCGGAGCGAAUUGGUGGUUGAAGGAGGACGAUGCUGUGGGAAACUUGAUGCGGAAGUACUUCGCAAGAGCGUUUUCGGAAAUACCACUCGGCUGA